UCUGAAAUCAAUAAAGACAUAGAACAAAGGGCUAGUCAGCCCUGGGCUUGUCUCCAACGCCCCCUACCCCCUGCUUUCCUCCCUCCCUCGCCGUCUGGAGCAUCCUUCCCGGAGGAAAAGCCCCCGAGCUGCUGUGCCCCGUGGGCUCACGUCGGCCUCCCCUUGUCCGCAGGACACGAAAGCUACGUGACCUUCUGCCAGCUGGAGGACGAGGCGGCCUUCACGUGCAGCGCCGACCGCACCAUCAGGAAGUGGGACGUGCUGACGGGGCAGUGCCUGCAGGUGUUCCGGGGACACACGUCCAUUGUGAACAGGAUCCUGGUCACCAACAACCAGCUCUUCAGCAGCUCCUACGACCGGACGGCCCGUGCCUGGAGUGUGGACAAGGGGCAGGUGUCCCGGGAGUUCCGGGGCCACCGCAACUGCGUGCUGACGCUCGCCUACUCUGCCCCCUGGGACCUCCCUGGGGCGCCCUUUGAGGAGGAGGCUGUGGCCGGGGGGCUGCUGGUGACGGGCAGCACGGAUGGAACGGCCAAGGUGUGGCAGGUGGCCAGCGGCUGCUGCCACCAGACACUGCGGGGCCACACAGGUGCCGUGCUGUGCCUGGUGCUGGACACGCCCAGCCACACGGCCUUCACGGGCAGCACAGACACCACCAUCCGCGCCUGGGACAUCCUGAGUGGGGAGCAGCUGCGGGUGUUUCGGGAGCACCAGGGCUCAGUCAUCUGCCUGGAGCUCGCGAACCGGCACGUGUACUCGGGCAGCGCCGACAGGACCGUCAAGUGCUGGCUGGCGGACACGGGGGAGCGAGUGCGCACGUUCACGGCCCACAGACACAGCGUGAGCGCCCUGAAGUACCACGCGGGCACCCUGUUCACGGGCAGCGGGGACGCCCGCGCGCGCGCCUUCGACGCCCAGUCCGGGGCGCUGCAGAGGAGGAUCGCAUGGCGCAAUGAGAAUGGUCGUCUGAGCCGUAAGAGGCUAUGUACCUUUCGAUAG